UCUCUCUCUCUCUCUCUCUCUCUCUCACUCUCUCACUCACUCCAAUCAAAAUGCGCCGUUCACCGGCUCCGUUGCUCGUCUCCGUCCUCACCCUACUCUCCCUACUCCUCUCCGCCGCUUCAUGGCGGCCCUGGCCCCACCUCAAGGCCAACAACACUGACCUCGCCCUCGGCAACAACAAAAAAUUCGAAGGCUCCUCCGACUUUGUCCACCUUAAAUACCACAUGGGGCCGGUCCUCACCGCCGACAUAACCGUCCACACAAUCUGGUACGGCACGUGGCAGCGCCGCCAGAAGAAGAUCAUUCGUGAGUUCAUCAGCUCCAUCUCCGCCGCCGACUCCAAGCCCCCUUCCGUCGCCGGUUGGUGGAAGACCGUACAGCUCUACACCGACCAAACCGGCCAGAACGUCUCCCGCACCGUCCACCUCGGCGCCGAGAAAAACGACCGCUUCUACUCCCACGGCAAAUCCCUCACCCGCCUCUCCAUCCAGUCCGUCAUCAAGUCCGCCGUCACCGCCACCACCCGCCCCUUACCCACCAACCCACAAGGCGGCCUCUACCUCCUGCUGACGUCAGACGACGUCAGCGUCCAGGACUUCUGCGGCCAGGUCUGCGGCUUCCACUACUUCACGUUCCCGUCCAUCGUCGGCUACACUCUGCCGUACGCGUGGGUCGGGAACUCCGCGAAGCUCUGCCCCGGGGUCUGCGCGUACCCGUACGCCGUGCCGGAGUACAUGCCGGGGUUGAAGCCGUUCAAGUCUCCGAACGGCGACGUCGGCGUGGAGGGGAUGAUAAGUGUUAUAGCUCACGAGAUUGCCGAGCUGGCCAGCAACCCUCUAGUGAACGCUUGGUACGCCGGUCAGGACCCCAGUUUUCCGGUGGAGAUCGCCGACCUCUGCGAGGGGAUCUACGGCACCGGAGGAGGGGGGUCGUACACGGGGCAGCUGAUGGACGACCACGACGGCGCCACGUACAACAUGAACGGAAUCCGGCGCAAGUUUUUGGUGCAGUGGGUUUGGAGUCACGUUUUGAGUUACUGUACCGGACCUAAUGCACUCGACCAGUAAAAGUUUGUAAUUUUUACUGCUUUCUAUAUCGGGUCUGUUUUAAAUUUUUCCUUUUUUUUCGGGUUCCGGUCGUUUUUGGCUCUGAUGAAAGAGCUUUUGCUUUUGUUUGUUAAUGCGUAAUUAGCUAAAGUUAGCUAAGGAUGUUAAUUAUUAUUAUUGUAAUAAUGAUUUAUAUGUAUAAUUUUGUUGUAUACUGAUUUUUGUAUACAAAAUUAGCUACUGGUUUUUGUUCC